AUGAUUAGAAAACUGACUGCUUUGAUUCUUCUGACUGCAGCAUCUCUGACUCAAACUAAUGAGGUUCCUCAUCAGAUCACUUUGAAAGUGGUUGAAGUUGGUGGGAAUGUUACUCUGCAUUGUCCAAGAUCAAGCAAGGAAGGCAACUUCUUCCAAUGGUACAAGCAGCCGCUUGGACAUAUGCUCCAGACAGUUGCUACAUCAGUUCAUGGCCAACAGAAACUGACUGAACAAUUUCCCAACAAUCGCUUUAAAUUUACAGCAGGAGAUUCUCAAUACUCUCUUACUAUCAAGGAUAUCAUUAAAGAGGAUGAAGCUACAUAUUUCUGUCAAAGUGGAAGAGCUUAUUCCCUGAGUUUUUCUUCAGAGAUAUACUUGGCCGUACAUGAUUGUGAAAGUCGAACACUGACUCAUGUCAGACAAUCUCCAGGAACAUCAGUCCAGGAGGGGGACAAAGUUAAUCUCCACUGUUCUCUUCACUUCAGCAGUAGAGACAACACCAGUCAUAAUCCAUCUGAUUACAUUGUGUACUGGUUCAGAGCUGGAUUUGGAGAAUCCUAUCUGAGUUUUAUUUACACCCAGAAGAACAGGAGUAGUAAUAGUAGCUGUGUCUCCCAGCUGUCCAAAACUAUACAGAACUCCUCAGAUACUGGGAUAUAUUACUGUGCUGUGGUCACAUGUGGGAAGAUCUUGUUUGGAGAAGGAACUAAAGUAGAGACAGGUAAACCUUUGGAACCUCUUCUAAUUGUCUUGGGUUUGCUGUUGGGUCUUUGUGUGAUUGUGAUUUCAAUUCUUAUAUUCUCCAGAGAUUAAAGGAUCCAAACAGGAAUCUGCUUACUAAGUUUUUCUGCACUGCAAGAAGGAAGAAAUGGGGGAUUAUCGUCUAUCAACUGACUUUACCUUUUGAGAAGAGAAUAUCUGUUCUUCUAAGUGUAUAAAAUACCCAAAACAUUUCUUGUAAGCUUUCUUUGCGUUCAGCUUUGUGAAGAAGACAACAGAAACUUUCUGCCCUAAAUUUUGCAAGAUGUUGUUUUUAGACAUGAGACUGACUCUCCACUGUAUAAUUUUUAUUUCUAUAAUCUUACCUAGUAAUGUAAAUUUCUUUUCAUAGAAUUAUCUUUGUCUAUUUUCUUCUGAAUUAUUACAUUAUUUUUAACAAGCAAAAGGGGGUGAAAAAGCAUUUAUGUGAAGUUUUUUUAAAUUUUUAUAUAAUAUUAUACAUGCUGUUUAUACACUGUGAUUAAAUAUUUGUUCAUGCUACUUUCAUGUUGCAUUGGUGGAAUUGAUGUAAUACUUAUUAAAAUGGGGUACAUAUUAGGUACAUCUCUAGUAGCAGCAGUUCCAGCUUGUCAAUUUCUUAAUCCACAAUACGAACAGUGGUUCAAAGAUGGUAUACACAUUAUGAAGCAUUUUUAAACUACAAAAUAUGUAAAGCCUUUCACACCAAAAAAGGUUGUGAUUCCUAAUUGACAUGAAAUUAACAAAUAUCUCUGCAACCAGUUCCACGUAAAUAUUUGUUACUCCAUAAAAGCAACAAAAAAUGUCUCAUUAGCUAGUUUUACACAUUCCUUCACAUAUUAUUAGGACCUUGUUAUAUACACUGUGCACAUUAAAAGUAAGGUAAUAGACUUUAGUGCUAUGGUGUGUAAAUGAAAAUGUAUCCUGGAACAACCAUCUUGUGGUUAGUAUAAAGCACAGCCUUCUGCUGUGCUUUAUGUCUACUGGAUCAUCUUGUCCUUUAAACCCAAUAUGUUAAAGAUAGACUGAGUGCACCCUGUUGGUCAAACAAUUUAUGAACAUCUGUUUUU